AAAGUCAAGUAUACUGUCAUCAACACGAAUGCUGUCUUACGUCUUCUUGGACAGCUUUUUGAUGUUCGAAUUCAUGUUUUGCAGUGGGAAUGAAGUCAAAAGAAGGUCAGGUGAAUCUUUGAAAUAGUUGCUUCAUGCGAAUCCCUUCCCGGAUGAAUAGGAAGAGGAUGGAGAAUCCCUGUCGAAGAGUACGGAACAAAGAAUGGAACAAAACAAUCUGUGCAGAAAAGAAAGUGUAUCUGGAUUUCAAGAGUUCUGUGAUUCAAGAAGAGUCCUCGAAGAGUUUACAGCUCGAUAUCCAUGUGUUGCAGAGCGGGAAAGCGAACCUAUCAAUCCGGCAUCCAGUUUCGUUGGAUAUUCAUGGGUCCAUCCAACAGCGAGAGCUCUAUCAUGUUCGGGAGAGAAAGAGAUGAAUUUGCUCCAAAGGAGAUGUCAAUGUAAUGUGACAAUGCAAGCUCUGCGUGGUCUAGUUGUAAGCAUUAAAUCCAAAGUCCUGGUCUGAUGGAUGGGAAGCUUGUGAUGCUCCAGACUUGAACCCUCCUCAAUACGAAUGAUGGAUGGAUGCUUCACUUUGGACGUCUUCAUAGCUCCUCAAUGGCGUGGCGGGCUCAGGAUGCUCGUCUGAUUCUGCCCUUUGUCUUUUCCACAUUCGCUCGAAAUUGGUUGCUUCUAUCCCUUCUCUGUCUCGGCUCUUUGAGUCCCUCAGACUUUCUCUUCAUUUUCCUUUUCCUUCUUUGAACAGCUUGGUCGGGCCCUCGCACCCACUUUUACCUCACGUCAGAGUCUCCAGGUGAGGAAGAAUGGACGACAUAUGAUGAAAAAGUGUGUGGGCCUUGAGUCCAUCCUUCACCACUCAAAGCCCAUUGUGCCCACCUCAUUCUCACCGGAUUGACCAUUGACACUUCUUUCAGCUCGAAAAGGCCGAUCGGAUAUGCGGAUAAUGACUUCCUCGCGGUCAAGACCUCGGAAGAGUUGAAGUUCAGAUGGUUCAAUGGCAUGGUGGCAUAUAUACGAUUUGCCUACUGUGGGAGUAGGAAAUCAUGGAUUCAUUUAUCUGGUGUACGUGUUAUGAGGUUAUUAGUACUCUAGGUUCUUAACACUUAGAGUAGUACCGUUGCGAUCUACGCUGACAACGUAGGUUCAAGCAGAAGGGAACAUGCUUCAACAUGAGACCUACGAGUAGGAGCACCGUGAGCUUAGGAUGAAUUAUGGCAGAAGAGGGGAAUCAAUGUAUAAUACAAAGGGGGAGCGAAAGGGGAUGGAAUCAAAUGGCGAAUGGACUGAAUUAAGGGAAUGUGCGACAGUUCUCACAGCAGGUAUGUAUGUGUAUGACAAGGAGAUCGAGCUCGGAGGCAGAUGGUUGGGUCGGGAAGAUAUUUCCCCAUCAAGUGUGGAUGGAUUGUGGCGCACUUAGCAGGCAGAAAGAAUGGCUAAGAGAUCUUUGACCGGCUCACAGAUAGUCCAGGAGGAGUCAAAGCCGACUGAGUUUUGCAGCAGCAGCAGCAGCCCAGCGGCACAUGAUGAUGUCUCAGACUGGUGGUGUGAUUGUGGGAUAUGGAUGAGUAAUAUUCCGGGCCAUGAGUGUGGGGUGGAAGUGAAAACUGAGAUCCGAGAUCGAACACUCGCAAAAGUGUGUCUUGUCGAGACUCAGAGGUGCUGUGCUGCACCUGGGCUUGACUCUGGAGAGUUGCGGGUGCUUUCAAGUUCCAACUUGUGCUCAGUGCAGAAGAAGGCCAUGUUGGUGAUGAUCAAGCGGGAGGGGUGUUUCUUGGAUCUUGAUUGUGGAGUGGGUAGACUGGGGUGGCAUGGCACAGCAGGGUUGAAACUUCUUUAGUCCAGGAGAUGAUGAUGAUGUAGUAGAAGAAGAAGAUGAAGAUGAGCAGGAGGAUGGGGACAUUUAGGAGGAGAUCGAGCAGAAUUGAGGGCGAGCAGGAAGAGCGGGACCGGCGAAGGACAGCGGAAUGGAAUAGAGAGAGAGAGAGAGAGAGAGAGAGAGAGAGAGAGAGAGAGAGAGAGAGAAAAGGGCCCGGGGCGAGGAGGAGGAGGAUGGGGCUGGGAGCAUGAAUAAUGAUGAUGGCUGAGUGCGUUUUACUCAUCAUUCUCUGGAGAUCUCUGCUCCUCCUCAAUGUCCUCAUGCUGCUGAGCUGCCACCACCUCCUUUCUCGCUCGCUCCCACACCUUUUUACGUACAUCGAUCGCCUACAUCACCGUCGGAUCAGUCCCAGCUGAGCUAGCACUUCUGCGCCGCUCUGCACACUGCACUAGUUGAUCUGAUCUGCAGGCUCUAGCUUCCUAGCGGCUAGCGUCUCCCUCCCUCCCUCCCUCUGCCUGCCUGCUGGGCUGGGCUGCGCCGGGCCGGGCCGGGCGCACCUGAGCUUGAGCCCCAAGGAACAGUGGACUGGCUAGAUCCGAAAAAGCUCACAGGCAGGAGGCAGCAGCAGGAUCGCCAUCGCCAUCACUGUAAGCAUCGGCUGCAGCUCCUGCCUCCAUCCGGUUCAGGGAGGAGGAGGCCGAGGGACUUGCUUGCUCAGAUUUGGGUGGGUUCAGUGGAGUGAAAAGAGAGAGAGAGAGAGAGAGGAGAGGCUCAGGGGACCUUUCUCGGGGUUCAUGAACUCACUCGGUGCUCUUUCUCAUGGUGGACAGCGGAGCGGGGGGCCAUCACAUGGCAUCUCUGCCCCAGGCGUGUACAUCUGGCUGUAGACGAUAUGUUACAGCUUUUACAUUAAAUUUGAGUCUAUCUUCAUCUUCAGGUGCCUGAGCUGUGUCUAACUCGGUGGUGUUUGCACACAAGUCUUUAUAUUACCCUUCCAUGGUAGCGCAC